GUGCGCGGGGGCGGGCGAGGCAGCAGCGCGCCGGAUCCGCGGCGCUGCGCGAUGCUGCUGCUGCUGCUGCUGCUGCCGGCGCAGCCCUGAGCGCCCGGCUCGGCUCGGUUCGGCUCGGCCCGGCCCGGUGCGGGCACGGGGGGCGGCGGCCGCGCCCCCGGAGCGGAGACAAAGCCGGGACCGAGCCCUGGAGGAGAGCGGUGGGACCGGCCCCGCUGCGCGCACAAACGGGAGGCUGCGGCAGGAGCUGAGCUGACUUUGCCUCCUCACCCCGCGGCGUGGCUGUAGCUGGAAAGCUCUGCCCGGGACCAUGGGGAGCAGCAAGAGCAAACCCAAAGACCCCAGCCAGCGCCGGCGCAGCCUGGAGCCCGCAGACAGCACCCACCACGGGGGUUUCCCAGCCUCGCAGACCCCCAGCAAGGCGCCCGCUCCCGACGCCCAUCGCACCCCCAGCCGCUCCUUCGGGACCGUGGCUGCCGAGUCCAAGCUCUUUGGAGGCUUCAACAGCUCCGACACCGUCACGUCGCCGCAGCGCGCCGGGGCGCUGGCUGGUGGAGUCACCACCUUCGUGGCCCUCUAUGACUACGAGUCCCGGACUGAAACCGACUUGUCCUUCAAGAAAGGAGAGCGCCUGCAAAUCGUCAACAACACGAGAAAAGUGGACGUCAGGGAAGGUGACUGGUGGCUGGCUCAUUCCCUCACUACAGGACAGACGGGCUACAUCCCCAGUAACUAUGUCGCACCCUCAGACUCCAUCCAGGCUGAAGAGUGGUAUUUUGGGAAGAUCACUCGCCGGGAGUCCGAGCGGCUGCUGCUUAACCCUGAAAACCCCCGAGGGACCUUCCUGGUCCGGGAGAGUGAGACCACAAAAGGUGCCUACUGCCUCUCAGUCUCGGACUUCGACAACGCCAAGGGGCUCAACGUCAAGCACUACAAGAUCCGCAAGCUGGACAGCGGCGGCUUCUACAUCACCUCCCGCACCCAGUUCAACAGCCUGCAGCAGCUGGUGGCCUACUACUCCAAACACGCUGACGGUUUGUGCCACCGUCUCACCAACGUCUGCCCCACAUCCAAGCCCCAGACCCAAGGCCUUGCCAAGGAUGCCUGGGAAAUCCCCCGGGAAUCACUGCGGCUGGAGGUCAAGCUGGGACAGGGCUGCUUCGGAGAGGUGUGGAUGGGGACCUGGAAUGGCACCACCCGGGUGGCCAUCAAGACGCUGAAGCCUGGCACCAUGUCCCCAGAGGCCUUCCUGCAGGAGGCCCAGGUCAUGAAGAAGCUCCGGCACGAGAAGCUGGUCCAGCUCUACGCUGUGGUUUCGGAGGAGCCCAUUUACAUUGUCACUGAGUACAUGAGCAAGGGGAGCCUCCUGGACUUCCUGAAGGGAGAGAUGGGAAAGUACCUGCGGCUGCCCCAGCUCGUGGAUAUGGCGGCUCAGAUCGCAUCUGGCAUGGCCUAUGUGGAGAGGAUGAACUACGUCCACCGGGACCUCCGGGCAGCCAACAUCCUGGUGGGGGAGAACCUGGUGUGCAAAGUGGCAGAUUUUGGCUUGGCACGCCUCAUCGAGGACAACGAGUACACUGCUCGGCAAGGUGCCAAGUUCCCCAUCAAGUGGACGGCCCCUGAAGCUGCCCUGUAUGGCAGGUUUACCAUCAAGUCAGAUGUCUGGUCCUUUGGCAUCCUCCUGACCGAGCUGACCACCAAGGGCAGAGUGCCCUACCCAGGGAUGGUGAACCGGGAGGUGCUGGACCAGGUGGAGCGGGGCUACCGCAUGCCCUGCCCGCCCGAGUGCCCCGAGUCCCUGCACGACCUCAUGUGCCAGUGCUGGCGGAAAGACCCGGAGGAGAGACCCACCUUCGAGUACCUACAGGCUUUCCUGGAGGACUACUUCACCUCGACAGAGCCCCAGUACCAGCCUGGAGAGAACCUAUAGACCCGGAGCUGCUCCUGGCACCAGGGACGUUGCCGUCCUUGCCGUGGGGCGCCGAGGGCUGGCCUCCCUGCCGAGGGGCUGGUUUUUGUGAGGCAGCCCCAGAGUGGGAUGGGGCAUCGCCUCCAGAUGUGGCCACGGGAGGUGCUGGGUCCCUCUGUCAAUCAUUAAGACUUCUGGCCUGUUUCUAACCAAGCAGUGCCAUCCCACGGGCAGGAGGAGCCUGUGGGCACCAGCAGAGCUGGCUUGGGAGGGCGAGCAGAUCAUCUUCCACUGAGAGACUUGGCUUUUGGGAGACCUUUCCCCCCGGAAGCUCUGGGGUGAGCCCAGAGGCAUUGAGGAACAGCAUCACCCCACCUCGGACGUGCGGCCUCGAUUUCCUGCACCCCCUUUUGAAAUCAGCACAAAAGUCCCUGCCCUUUUGCCCUCCCCACCAUCCCUGCCUUGGCUCCGAUUCCCUGAGGGUGCUGGCAGAGACCUGUCACCCUGGGGAAGGCACAACCCCGGGCUGGUUUGGACAGGGUGGAUGUGGUGGUGCCAGCGUGGGUGGCAGUGGGAUGCCAGCAGUCCCCCUUCCUCGGGUGUCCCCCUGCCCUUGUGGCAGGGCUCUGUGGCUGAGCUGUGCUAGCAGGCACCAGAAGCGUGAAACGUGGCUGCUCGUGGCUCCGGUGACUGUCCCGUGGGAACACUUGGGUGCACGUUCCAGUCUCCCAUCUGCAUCUGUCCCCCCCAGGGGACCCAUCUCGUCUCUCCUGGGAGCAGCACGGGGGGUGCUGGCUGGCAGAGCCCUCGCCCUGUCUGUGGCCAGCCCCACUGCCCUGGCUGCACCUUCUCCCAACAAGUGCUCCUGGUCUUCCAGCUGCCCCUCGGGAAGCACCACAGCCCCCCGGGAAGCACCACAGCCCCCUAACCACCCUCCCCAGCUCCCACCAGCAGGGUCCUCCUGCCUGGCGCUGCCACCAAACCUGGUGCUGCCACAGGGCUCGGUGCGUGGCACGAGUGGUAGUUCGUGGUGUGGGAGUGUUUUUGGGGGGAAAUAAUUCAUCUUUCACUGA